AUGGCAGAACAUUCAGAUUCAUAUGCUCUGCCUACAAAAGACAAACCAAAGGACUCGACAUUCCCAACCGCGUCCAAUUCAAAACAAGAAGAUCUCAAGCCCAUCCUUUCGAGAUUAGUCUCUGAAGAAUGGUUGCCAGCAACUCACCGUCAAAGACCCCGACUGAGCUAUCUGAGGUCAGCCUGGGGAUCUCAGGACUUGCGGGCCAUCAAGGCAAAACGACCACUUUCAAUAGAACUACCUCGAAUAGACGCCUGGCCUACCACAACUGAAGAUCUCUACAGCGGCCUAGAACAAGAAAUAAACUGUCUGACCACAAUAGGCCUGUCUUUAUCUGUCAUCGGCCCUUUGGCUGUCCUCGGCAUUAUUAGGCUUGACAACUUUAUUUUUCAAAUAGCCAUCACCGCCCUGUUGAUAUUGAUGUGCAUCUGGUGGCUCAUCAUGUCAAUUCUCUGGAUACGCUCCCCUGCCAGUCUAGAAAUAUACCUCAAGUGGGCUACCCAUAGCUCCCUUCUUAGCACAGCAAUAACCAUCUCGGCAAUAAUCCCCUGGCCUACUAUAUUCCAUGCAACAAAUACCUCUCUCUCAACAAUAAAAUCAGCAUCUCUAUCAUCUCUAUCAUCAGCAUUAUCCUCCUCAUCACCAUCAUCCUUGUUAUCUUUAUCAUCAUAUCUAUCAUCUGCAUCAAUAUCCUGGCUGCCGUGGUUGUGGACCCUGCCGCUCUACAAAUUGGCCCCUGUGUUCACAGCUAUGGCCGGGUCCACUUUUCUCUAUCUUGCCAUGCGCUUUGACUGGAUCUCAAGUCAAACCGCCGCACGUCUCCGAAUCCACUUGGAACAGGAACACGAUCGUCUGCAGACCGUCGUAUGCGAUGCAGUCGAGGAGGAACUCUGCACCCGCCAGACAUUCCUCUCUACAGUCGGUCAGGAGAUCCAGGACGCCGCCUUGAUGAUCAUCACGACCCUCGAGCAAUUCUCACCAGCCAGUAUUCUUUCAAACACCUAUGAGCUAUUGAGCGCAUGCUCAAUUGCAGUCCCGAUCGCCAGUAUAUCGGCCAUCAAUACAUCUGUCAAACAAGUCUGUCACGUUAGCUCCCACCUCGAACUUGUCGCCCGUCUCCUAAGAGAAGGCUCGACAUCCUCAGCAGAUGACAGUAUCCAGAGUCUUGUCAGGCAGGAGUUUGAUAUCGGCGACAUGGUGCAGAAUGUUGGGGAUGCCCUGGCAGGCAUGGCGUCCAAGCUGGAUGUCAAAUUGGUGAUCUAUCAUGCAGACAAUGGCCUCCACCACACCCACGUGGUUGGCGAUGAAGGUGCAAUGCGCCAUGCUCUCUUGGAUCUCCUUCACAAUAUCCUCGAGGGGUGUACCCCGGGCGCAUGCAUCGAACUCGGACUCAAUAUCACAACAACAGACACAGAUCAAUUCAAGAUUGCUUUCGAGAUCACUCACACGACCUCACCUGCAAUUCCAGAUGGCCUCACCACAGCUUGUUUACCAAACGCAAAUUUGACUGCCCGUUUAUUGCAUUAUAUUGGGGCUAGUCUCUCUGUGGACGACAUCAGCCAGAACAAAACACGUUUUGAUGUCGUUCUUGAGAUGGAAGCCGGGCACGAGGACCACAGCCACAAACCCCUGUUCCUUAGAAAUGCAUUCUCGGCCUCGCAGAAACACUACUCGGCAAUCAAGUUCUCAAAUGAACCUACGCUCAAGGAACUCUGUCGGUUUAUCGAGAAUCUGCGUGGCCUCAAAAUCGUCUUGCACGCAUCUGAGCAAAGCGUUUUCUCAAAACAUCUGACAAGCUGUCUCGCAAGCUGGAACACAGACAUCAGUCAUGUUCCUAUUGACUAUUCCACCGAAGGAACCGAAGAUGAAUGGAGUCUGUCUGGAGUGUCUGGGGACGAUAUAACCCCUGGAUCAGAAAUCAGUCAGCGCUCGACAACAGCACCCACAACAUCAUUCUCGGGUACUGGUUAUCUAGAUUCGAAUAUUCACACGCCUCCAUUACAACCCCAACCCCAACAACAACAACAGCAGCAGCAGCAGCAACAGCAACAGCAACAGCAACAAUCAUUAUUAUCAGCAUCGGCAUUAUCAGCAUCAUCAUCAGCAUUACCAACAUCAUCAUCAGCAGCAGCAUUAUCAUCACCAUCAUUAUCAUCACUGCCGCCACAAGCACGUCCUACGCCACCAAUCCCUACACCUGCAAUCGAAGAAGAACAUCUGCACUCCCUUCCGCCUGCAUUUAUCCUAAUUGACGACGACAUCCUCACCUUGGAACGCAAGCUGCACGAUUUCCGUACCCAGCCUCCUGCAUCGGCAAACACACUUCAGAAUCACCAAAACAUCCGCCGCCACAAACGCUCCAAGUCAAGCACGUAUCACAAUCCCAACCAUCAUAACCACCACCAUUACCAUCCUUCCCAGAACUUCUUCCAUCAAGGCACGACUGCCAUCAUCCACUUUACGUCGCUGACAAACUACAAACGAGUCCGGGACUCUGUACAGUUCUUUUCGUCGUCCACACAGCAAUUGCCGUUCUCCAUGCCUCGGGUGGUCGUUGUGCCCAAACCGGCCGGACCACGACGCUUCCUGACGGCUCUGCACACAGCGUGGAACAACUCGGUAGUCGAGCCCCACUUUUUACCGAUUGCCACCUCUCCUUCGAGCCCAUGUCCGCCGACAUUUGGAAUGGUUGCGAUGCAGAACAGCAAUAACACCGGCGGCGGGUCUUCGCCCGUGACCAAUCUCUAUGAUCCCGAACGCACUGGGCAGUUGAGGUCGUCUCCUGGAGAAUCGAGUAUCCGACGACGGCCGGGAAGUGGUCUAUUCAGCCCUCCGCACAUGGCAAGCGAUUCUGGCGCACAUGAGUCGAAUUACUUUUUUGAUUCUGGAGCCGUAGCUUCCAAUAAUAUGAACAUCAACGGUGCUGGGAUGUCUGGUAUUACUUCAAAUGUGCCGCUGGGUGUACCUCUGGGAUCACCUGUGCUGGGUGCCACACUAUUGGGCUCUGUGCGCAACCUCGGCCCCACCCGACGUAGAUCACACGCGGAACUGAACCCUGGUGGCGGUUCUAAUCCUUCUGGAUCUGGAAACACCAAUAGCAACAAUUGUGGUGUAGCACCUUCAGAUUACCUGACAAGUGGUGGUGCGCCCACCCUUGCUGGGUUAGUCCAUGGACUUGGACACACUCCAUUUGGGCAGGGAUCAUCGCCUUCAAAACUUAAUCCCAGUAUGAUUAUUAAUCCUAACAACUUGCAAUCGCCAGCUCUUCCGAACUCACAGCAACCUCAGCAAGACCAGACUACAUCGCCGUCCUUGGUGUGUGACGGACAACAUCUUGUGACAUCUCUACCGCCAAACGAGGCCGUAAAUUCGACCGCCAAAAAACCAAAACCAAACAACAUUAAACUCAAUAAGAAGCGGCGUAAAGGGAAGAAUACGGCGUUUGCGAGCGUUGUGAAUCCACCUAUCAAUGUGUUGAUUGUUGAAGAUAACAUUAUCAAUCAGGCUAUUCUGUCUGCUUGGAUGAAGAAACACAAAAUCAAGUUCUCUGUUGCCAGCAAUGGACAAGAGGCAGUCGAAAAGUGGAAACAAGGUGGAUUCCACUUGGUGCUGAUGGAUAUUCAACUGCCUGUAAUGGACGGUAUCCAGGCAACAAAGAUGAUUCGGUCGAUUGAAAAAGAGCAAAAGAUUGGUGUUCUUCCAAUGUCAUCAUCAUUCCUUCGCCAACAACAACUUGGACAAUCUACUAGUGGAACCACCGCUACAGCUACUACUGCUACUGCUACUAUAAGCACUAGCCCUACCAAAAAUAUCAGUGGUAGUAACGGUGACCUCAAGAUAAACAACGAUAGCAAUAUCAGCAACAGUGGUACAUAUCUGGACAUCAAUGAGGAGGCUGAGGAGGAGGGUCUGGCACCGUUUGAUAUUACCAAAAAGGGCGAGGAACUUCCGCCUUCGACGUUUAGAUCACCUGUGAUUAUUGUGGCUUUGACGGCAUCAUCACUCGAAUCCGAUCGACACGCAGCUCUUGCAGCAGGAUGCAAUGACUUUUUGACCAAGCCGGUGAGCCUGGAGUGGUUGGAGAAGAAGAUUGUGGAGUGGGGAUGUAUGCAAGCGCUGAUUGAUUUCGAGGGCUGGCGACAAUGGAAGCAAUCUUCGACGACAGAUGCAACAGUGCACAAACUUCAGAUUACACCAAAGAAAGUAGGAGGAGGAACUGCCGGAGGUGGGGGCUCUACUGCGGACGAUGCGAAUUUGAAUGCAAAGAUUCAACAAAAAAAGGAUGAAGAUGAGAGACGACGGAUUGCUGAGCUAAGUCGAGCAGCUCUGAUGUCUGGGAAAGGUGUGCUGCUUCCCGGGGCCGUGGGACUGAGCAAGGCCCGCAGGUUCUCGACUCUGGACCGAGGCAGUGCUGGUGGUGGUGGAGGAGGAGGAGGUUCUCUGAAUGGACAUGGACCAAGGCGAAGUCAUCCAGCCAUAACAAAGGGUGGGUCAGAUUCCAAUCUCUUGGCUGGGAUGCAGCAAAGUCGAAGUGUAGAGGGCUGGCAGCUACGUGACACGAUUGAUCGCAAAGUGAUUAUGAGUACAGUGGAAGAAAAGGCCUGUGCUUUCUCAAGAAACCUGAGAUGGAAAAGGCUUGAGAUCAAUGAAGCCAACUCUGCAAUGCCUUGCUGGUUUUGUUGGCAGCUAGGACGUAGGACACUUUUAAGAUGCAAGGGACGUUCAAGUCAUAUAUUUAUAUUCUCUACGCCCAUGUUACUAGCUACUGAAACUAAUCACUAA